AUGGCAGACCCUUCAACCAUUUACGAGUUUCUGAAGCAGCAGCAGCAACAACAACCACCAACUUCAUCUUCAGCUUCAAAACCUAAAAGAUCAGCACCUCACCAACCAACAACAAGAACUUUCCAAUGCAACUUCUGUUACCGCAAGUUCUAUACUUCUCAAGCUCUCGGUGGUCACCAAAACGCUCACAAACUUGAAAGAGCUGCUGCAAGAUCACGAACCAUCAACCUCAACAACAACAACAAUGUUGUCUCUCUCUCAUCACCUCAACCACCACCACCACCUCCAUUUUCACUCAUCAAUGGCUCCAACUCCAACUCCAACUCCAACUCCAAACCCUUAACACAACUUGAACAGGGUCAUUUCUUUCAUCACCAUCACCCUUACUGGCAACAAUUCGAAAUGGAGUCGUUACAGUUUCAAACACAUCAUCCUCAUCCUCAUCCUCACCAUCACCAUGUUGCAACAACAACAACAACAACAAAUCUACCUGUGGUUCACUUCAACCCUUCUGCAGCUUCAUCUUCAACUCAUUCUCACCAUGUUUUCUCCAACAAUGCUGCUUCUCCACCUCAACUUGUUGAUGCGUCUGACCAUGUCAAUCUUGACCUCACACUUCACUUGUGA